UGGCUAGCUGUCUAUAAGUAGCCGACGGGUCCCGUGGUCCUGGUAGUUCGAGCAGCGAAAUGUCCCACACUCUCCUCUGGCAAACACGUCAGUUGCUGCAGCCAUGAAGUUUCAACAUAUGCUUACGGCUCUCAUGAGCCUGGCCCUUGGGGCACAGGCCUACUGGAUGGCGGAUAUCAAGCACCAAGGCUUGGCCCCCUUUGGAGGUGCCAAUUACCAGGUGUUCCGUAACGUCAAGGACUUUGGCGCCAAGGGUGAUGGCAUUACCGAUGAUACUGAGGCCAUCAGGCGUGCCAUGAACACUCCCAACAACCGCUGCUUGCAAGGAUGUGCUUCCAAAACCGAGACUCCCGCUGUCGUCUACUUCCCCCCGGGAACCUACAUGAUCUCGUCCUCGAUCGUGACCCCUUACUAUACCAAGAUGAUCGGUGACCCCACGAACAGACCCGUGCUCAAGGCCACAGCCAACUUUGCUGGCUUUGGUCUCAUUGAUGGCAACCCAUACUACACUGAGAAGCCCAACUGGGUACCGGUUAACGUCUUCUUCCGCGAGGUCCGCAACUUUGUCAUCGACACCACCAACAUCCCCCCACGCACCGCGGCCACUGGUAUGCACUGGCCCACUUCCCAGGCCACCAGCUUGUACAACCUUGCCUUUGUCAUGCCGGCCACCGCAGACGUCGUGCACGUUGGUCUCUUCAUCGAGGAAGGCUCUGGUGGCUUCAUGGCCGACCUUACCUUCCAGGGUGGCGAGUCCUGCGCCAGCAUGGGCAACCAGCAGUACACCAUGCGCAACUUCAAGUUCAACAACUGCAAGACUGCCAUCACUCAGAUGUGGAACUGGGGCUGGACGUACAUCGGUCUGGAGAUCAACAACAGUGACGUUGGUAUCAAGAUGGCCAACUCGGACGUCGGCUCGGUCACCCUCCUGGACUCCACCAUCAGCAACACCAAGACAUUCAUUCAGUCGAGCUAUACCCCGAGCGGCAAGCCUGACACUCAGGGUUCCAUCAUCAUGGAGAAUAUCAAAUUCAACAACGUCGGCACUGGCAUCAGCGGACCCAGCGGUACUAUCCUUGCUGGUGGCACCACCACCAUCGCUGGAUGGGGUCAGGGUCACCAAGUCCUCGGUACGGCAGGGGCCACUGAGCUUCAGGGCACCAUCCAGCCCAACACGAGACCCGCUGCCUUGAUGAACGGUAACGUGUACUACCAGAAGUCAAAGCCCCAGUACGAGAACCUUGGGGCUGGCGACUUCCUCAGUGCUCGCUCUGCUGGCGCCAAGGGUGAUGGUGUCAGUGAUGACACUGCUGCCAUCCAAGCCGUGAUUACACAGGCCGCGGCGAGCAACAAGGUUGUCUACCUCGACUAUGGUCUCUACGUCGUCAAGAGCACGGUCAACAUUCCCGCUGGCACUAGAAUCGUGGGUGAGACCUAUCCCGUCAUUCUGGGAUCUGGCAGCUUCUUCCAGGACCAGAGUGCUCCCAAGCCUGUGUUCAAGAUUGGUAGCCAGUCUGGUGUCGCGGGCCGUGUCGAGUUCUCCGACUUCAUUGUUUCUACCAAGGGCCCCGCUGCUGGCGCCAUUUUGGUCGAGUACAACCUUGUCGCACCUGCCGGCAACCCGUCUGGCUUCUGGGACUUCCACACCCGUAUCGGCGGCUUCUCCGGCUCCGAGUUCAUGAUUCCGCAGUGCGCCAAGGUUGUUGGCUCCGCCAACAUUGACCCCAAGUGCAUUGCUGCUUACAUGGCGGUCCAUGCUACCAAGCAGUCUUCUGGUCUGUACAUGGAGAACACCUGGAUCUGGGUCGCCGACCACGAUAUUGAGGAUGCAACCAACGCCCAGAUUACCAUCUUUGCUGGUCGUGGUAUCUUCAUCGAGUCCACCACUGGUUCCUUCUGGCUUGUUGGAGGCGCGGCUGAGCACUUCCAUCUGUACAACUACCAGUUCGCGGGCACCAAGAAUAUCUUUGCCAGCAUGCUCCAGACCGAGACCCCUUACUACCAGCCUCUGCCCAACGCCAUCCAGCCGUUCACGGUCAACACUUCGCUGAGGGACCCUGACUUUGCGACUUCAUGCCAGGGUGUCAGCGGCAACUGCGCCAACUCCUGGGGUUUGCGCAUUAUUGACUCGUCCGACAUCUUCAUCUAUGGCGCCGGUUUGUACUCUUUCUUCAACAACUACAACACCUUCUGCAACAGCAUUGCCAACGGCGCCAACUGCCAGUCUCGCAUGGUGUCCCUUGAGGGGUCGAUCAAGAAUGUCAACAUUUUCGACCUCAGCGUCAUCGGCACCGAGUCGAUGAUCAACAGGGACGGCAAGAGCCUGACCAAGAACUCGGACAACUUCAACACAUAUGCCUCCAACGUCAUCAUGUACCGCAGUGGUUAACCUAUGUCAACUUGACAUCGAGCAAGCUAGUCUUGGUCAUGCUCAGAGUCCGGACAGGGCACUCACGUGAUCUUUCCCCUUGGCAUUUGUCCAGCUUUGACUUGGAUGAACGACAUAUAAGUCACGUCAAAUUUGGGUGGUCGUGGAUGACCACCCUUUACGAAAUGUUUUCCCGUACAUACUUGCAGGAACCUCAGCAGAGCCUGCCCUUACUUUCACGAACAUAGACUUUGCACAAAUGGACUACACAUGUAUAUAGCCCUAUUCAUAGCACCAUUGUCAAAUGCAAUCUGGUGAAAAUGCA